AUGACUACAUUUUUCAAACUAUUUUCUUUCUCCAUAAGUAUGCCUAUAAUCAAAAGACUUUACAUUACUGCUAGUAACAACUACGACUCAAAUUAUCAAAUCGUCCCCGUUAAUACCGAACAGCCAUUAGAAAUCGAUUCAAAAAUUGGACUUUUCAAGUUAUUUUUAAACAUUAAAAAUUUCGAUGGGUCUAAACCCCAUCUUUCGAACAGUUUAUACAAUUUACAGGAUGAUGUGUAUUUAAACGGAGAAAAAAUCGAGUUCAACAAACCCCAAAAAGAUCAAGAUCAGCCUAAUUUACGUAUGAAUAUCGAAUUCACUCCUAAAGAAGACAUAAAUGGUUCCAACUUUGUUUUUGGUAAUGACUUUACAUAUCCCAUCAGAGAUUACGUCCCCGUUGGAUUAUUGAACACAGGGCUAAAGCUUUUCAACUGGUUCAUCAAUGACUCAGUCAAGGGCGACCCAUAUCCUGACAAGCCGUACCUUUAUGGGCCCGGAAUUAGCAGCUUCACAUAUAUGGCCAUUAAAAACCCAGAUGAUCCCACAGUAAACACACACUCAAAAAAUGCAGUAGAGAAUCUAUUCCAACAGGAGGAGAAUAUUCCAAAAGAACCAAAUGCAAGAAAGAAAUUCUUUGGUAAUAAGAAAAAGUGUGAAAAGUUUACUUUCAAAAAAGGUGUAACUUAUAUCCUACAAUUUGAUACUAACUUCGUCAAGUUGGCUGAUUCCAAAUACUCAAUUUCCAUUCCUAAAUUUGAUUUUGAUGUUAGUCAUUAUGCGAAUGACACGCUAAAUAAUGUUAAUUGGGUUUUCAAAGAAGGCGGAUAUGAAGGAGUUGAUUUUGGUAAAUUGGGAUUAAUCAUCAAUUUCAAAGUAUUGCUGGAAGACACCGAAGAUUCAUAA